AUGAGUGAGACGGUGAAGGUUAGUGAAUUUGGGAGCAUAUACGGCCACCGUCCGGAGGUGGCCCUGAGGCUCAAGGGAAUACCUUACCAGCUGCUCCUAGAAGACCUGCCCAACAAGAGCCAGCUGCUGCUCACGCACAACCCCGUCCAUAAGUUGGUGCCAGUGCUAAGGAGUUCCCUGCUCUCUGCCGCUGGGCGAAAGAAUAUGCCAGCGACGAGCGUGCUAAGGAGUGCCUGCCGAACAAGGAUGAACUGGUUGCCAAGUUCACUGCACUGA